CAGUAGUAAUAUAAAAGUUUUAAGCAAUUUAAAUAAAAUGUCUGCCACGGGUACUCAAAUCGAAACCCUUAUGGAUUUCAUGAUGAAAAAUCCAGAUUUAGCCCGUAGCCUUAUACAUAGCGUAGAGGGUCGUGUUCAAUCAAAAAGAUUGUGGGAUAAUAUCACAAGCCAUUUAAAUAGCCUUGGAGGUGCUGUAAAAACUGUGCAGCAGUGGAAGAAGGUGUGGGCUGAUAAAAAAUACUUGGCCAAAAAAGCCAAUGCAGCAGCGCUUCGAUCUGCCACUGGCACUGGUGGUGGGCCACCAACAGCUGGCAUAUUAUCCCAGAACGAUUUAAAGGUCAUCGCUGUAAUGGGACAUGGUUUUGGUGAGCCAAAUAUACCAGGUUGCAAUGUGCCAGCUUUUCCUGAGCCUUUAGAACAGCCUACACCAAUGACAAUUACUGAAACCAUAUCAAACACCUCUACUAACAAAAAGACCCUUGAAGCUACUCCUGAUAUUGAUUCAGAAGUACACAAUAUUCAAGCAUCAAGGCGGCCACGCAGACGGGUACGUGUGUCACAGCCCGACAUAAAGCAACAAAUCCUUCGCCUUGAAGUAGAUAAAAGGGAUAUCCUAGCAGGCAUCCUGGAGGAAUUAAAAGAAUUGAAUAAUAAUUUGAAAUAUAUAUUUGAAAAACUUUGGUCCCUUUUUUAUUUAAAUAUAUAUAUGUACAAAAACCUCUGUCUUUAUCUGCAACAAAAGAAAUAAUAUUAUUUGUAUUUACAUGAUUAAACACAAAUUUUUAUGAUUUCUUAGAAUACAAUUCGUUGAAUAUUGGCCAGAGUAGUCUUCAUCUCAACUUCUUAUAUUAUCACUUACAGGCAGAUUGCAAUUAUAGUUAAAUCUAGUGGAAAACUACUUGAUUACCUUAAAUUUCUGUUGAGUAAUUGUAUUAGCUCAUUUCGUGUGCGCUGCCCCUGCUCUAAUGGUGGCCCAGUAACAUGUUGAUUCACCCUUCUUUGCCUUUCCGCUUCUACAUGAAGUUCGUCCUGUGUUAAUUCUACAGGAUCUAACCCCGACUGAACACACAUGUUAUGUAAAACACAACAUGCGAUUGUUAUCUUUGCGGCCAUUUCUGGCUUGUAAUGGAGUUGCCGCGCUGCCAAAAGACAUCUCCAUCGACCUUUUAGUUGCCCAAGUAUUUGAUAUUUAUUUGUACCCAAAAAUAAAGGAAAAACUAAGAGGUAUGUAAAUUAAAAUGUUUAUAAUAUAAAAAAAUAACAUAACAGUGGCAGUUAGACAAUACCUACCAAUAUAUUAAUCUUUUACAAUUAGGAUUUAACUAACGAGUUCCUAUAUAUCCAAUAUAAUAAUAUAACUUACCUUGAUUGAGGGAUCAAUCCCUCUCGUAUUUUUAUUAGGAGGCAUUAGUGGUAUGAUCUCUUCACACAGUUUUUCAUAUAAACUACGAUUAAGGCGAUAAUUUAAAACAAAUUGCCCAUCGGGAAUUUGUUUAUUAAAUAAAUAUUGCCGAAGACGACGUCGCUCUCUUGCUCUUUCAAGGUUUUCUUCGUUUAAAAAGACCUCUUCGUAUAUUAAUAAACGUGCCAUUUUAUAGUAAAAUAAAUAUAUUUUAUCUAAAACGAAACCUAUAUGUCUGUCGUAAAAAGUGACGUUGUUGUUACGAUCAUAACA